AUGUCAUGCAAUGUUUGUCUCCGUCAAAUAUCAUCCCAAGUCCUCGGUUACUUUUGCAUAUCCAUUUUCUUUGUCUUAACAACUCAUAUUGUUUAUGUUUACUACACAAUAUUAAUUCCAAAUGCAUUCAAGACACAACAUUAUGCGAAAUUUCUUUUUCAUCUCACAUUUGGACAGUGGAUCGCGAUGAAUAUUUACUUUAAUUACAUUAUGGCUUGGUUUACAUCGCCUGGUCUGGUGAAAGAUCAUCCAAAACUAUCCGACGAAUACCCUCUUUGUAAACAAUGCUCGUUAUAUAAACCACCACGGGCUCAUCAUUGUCGCUGGUGUAAUUUAUGUGUCUUAAAAUUCGAUCAUCAUUGUCCAUGGUUGAACAAUUGUGUUGGUUUUUAUAAUCAUCGAUAUUUCUUUCAAUUUUGUUGUUACAUGUCUAUCGGGUGUUAUUAUGCAGGAACGAUGGGCUUUCAUGAAUUUCAAGUUGCACUUUUCGGCGAACAGAUAUUUUCUCAAUUAGAUUCAUUUUUAAAACCAAUNCAACUGAAACUGUACUGA